AUUUUAUACUCGAAUGCACUCGAUGUAAACAAACUCAUAACACGUGAAUCCUUUGGCUUGAAAUUAUUGCCCUUGCUUAUUAUUAAUUUUCAUAUCUAGUGUGUAUUACCGCUGUGACUGAGUGUAACACACAGCAUGGAUGAACUACCAAGUUCUUGCAGCUACCUUGCUCUGGGAGCAGCACGAAUCAGAGAGAUUAAGGCCAUUGUAGACAAGUUGGACAACUGUGAGCAUGGUGGCAGAGCAUUUCAAAAUUUGCCACGUCACAUGCAGAGAAGAACAGUUUCAGCAAAUCCAAAACGUUUGCCUCAUUACCUCAGAGAUCGGCAUAUGAGGGAGGGAGGUGCAAAUGUCAAGACUACCAAGCGCCCAAAGAAGAAGUAUCGUCAUCGCCCCAACAAUCUUUUGGCAGAGUAUAAUCGACGCCAGUCAGAAUACCUCUGGUUAGAAACACAUGUUUGGCAUGCCAAGCGAUUCCAUAUGACAAGAAAAUGGGGUUAUGCACUUUCAGAAACACCUACCAUGAAAGGCUACCGAUCCACACUAAGAGCUGCAACGAAAACAUGCACAGUCCAAGAUGUCUCCUAUUUGUGCUGCAUUGAACUAGAAGGAACAAGAGCAUCUCUGCUAGCUGGUCUAGCACCCAUAACUCAGUCCCUAGAUUUGGUGAAGUUAAAAAGUCCAGAAGUUCUGCAGGGCAAGAGAUGGAUGUCUUUGGUUCUCUUCAUGAAAGACAAGAAGCCAUAUGGAGCUCUCGGCAGUGUUGAUAUCCUGUGGCAUCCCAAGCCAGGAAACCACCAAGAUGUUGAAGAGACAGAGAAUUCAAAGCUUUGGCUUUGGGUCCAUCCAUCAGCUCACAUUCAGGUUGUGAAUUUGCUGAUAGAGACAUAUAAUCUGAAAAAGAAAUUAGAUGAAGCAGAUGAUGUAAUCCAGCCAAAAGAUCAGGAAAAGAUUUUAUUAGAAGAGUCAAAAGGAGGUGAUAGCCCCAUGGAAAUAGAGGAAAUUAAAGGGGAACCAAUUACUGAAAGUAAAGACACAGAAGUACCAGCAGGAAUUUCAAACAGUGAUACACCUGUUCACAAAAUAAAUGGUAAAAAGGAUAAAAUAAAAGGAAAUUGUCACUCCACCAAGAAAAAUGUAAAUGAAUCAAAAAUUGCCAAAAAGAAUGUUCCCUUUGUAAGGACACCAAAGUAUAAUUCUCCCAAUUCCUCUGUGAAGAUGACAUUGCUCAAAGAUACCAUAAACAGAUUCUGUGUAACAGGACCCAAGUCUUACAGUGUUUUAAAUGCUUCUCUUUACCCUGCUGAUCUAACACUUAGCAAGAAGGAUAACCUCAAGGAUCAGUCGUGGUGGCAUAAAUAUUACCAUGACGAAGACCAGCAAAUGAUCUACAAGCAUCAAUUAGAAACUUGGAAAUCCUUUUCUUCCUGCACCCCACCUCCCCACACUGUUCUUCCCAUGACCAUACGUGACCCCAGGAUCACCUUACCUCACAAAAAGCUACCUCUUAAGACCUCUGAUCCUGAUACUAAUGUUCAAGUGGAACCAUCAGGCUGGCCAGUAGAGAGCCCCAUUUUUGACAACAGACUCAGAGAUGAAGUAACACUGACCAAAGAAGAAGACAGCAUUAUCAACAAAAAACGUUCGAAGAUGCUGGUUCCAGGAGAGAGAGCCACGGAAGACCCAGAUGAAGCUAAGCUGCCAAUUUUGUUGAUGUCAAGGCCACCAACCCACUCAGCUGGACAUGGUGCUGGAUGGGACCUAUUGAUACCAGCAGGAUGGGCAAUGAGUGUUUGGAUGUCACUGAUCUUUUGUGGUGGAGUUGCUGUUGGCCUCAAGGAGUCAUUAAACCUAGUGAUGGAGGCUCUCACCCCCUUACCCCCAUUCCUAAUGCCUGACACGCCAUCAGGAGAAAUAUAUUCCACUGAGGAAGGGCAGGAGAGGCAAGAAGAAUAUUUCAAAAGACCUCCUAGUGCAAGGCACAACUUCAUAAAGUUAGGUGUGCAAUAUCCUUUUUCUGCACCUUGGAGGAGACUGAUCAGUAACUGGAAGGAGGGAACAGGGGAUUUCUUUGUCCUUAGAGAUAUAGCUUUACUGAAUAAGCUAGCUGGAAUUUGUGGAGAUGCUUCCAAUAGAAUCAAGGCCAGAAACAUAGGGAAGAAAAGAAAAGCAAUUGCCGUAUCACAGACUGUUCCCUAUAAAUCAGCUAAGAUAGACCCCUACCUUGAGACCAUCACAGAAUGUAAAGUCACAGAAGAGGAAUCUGGUUUAGACACAUUCUCUGCCACUGCAGUAGAGGACGUGGUGGGAACUCUUCGGAAAAUAGAUACACGGUGUUUAGUGAUGGUGAGGUUACAGUUGGAAGGCAAAGGUACCUUAGAACCUUGUGCUAUGAUAUGCCUACCACAACUAGAAGACCUUAAAGACAGACUAAAGCCAGAAAAAAACAUGGAUCAAAGUAACAACCUCCAUGAGCCACAACAUACAGAUACCAGAGCUGAGCAACGUGUGCAGCUGAGAGAAGAACAUAAGAAGAUUGGGUCUAAAUUACAACGACUCAGAAAGAAAGCCAGGGCAAAAGUAUCAGAAGAGCAUGACAUAACGAAUGUAGCUGAUACGUCACUUGCUAAGAAAAUCAGUGAAGCACUUGAGAAAACUGAAGUGGAAAAUCGGGAAAUCAUAGCCAAGUUUUCAUCCUACCAAAAAACAAUGGAGGAUUUAUGGUUGAUGCCAAGAGAAGACCCUCUUCAGUGCUGUUCACGGAAAAUCAUGGGUUACAUCACCCAAGGGACUUUCUGCCUCACCCUUGGAGUCAGUGGCGGUGUUGGCUGGGUCGCACUAGAGCCUCUGAUGCAGCUGCUGCUCAUGCACGAGAAAUUUUACUCAGAGACAAGCGAAAUUAAUGAAUUACAAAACUCAUGUAGAAAAGGGAAGUCUAGGUCAUCCCAUUCUGUUUUGGUUAGGUGUCCAAGCACUUCCCAUUAUCAGUGGGCAGGGCUGACUAUAGUUGUUCAGCCAGAGUAAUGUUCAUGAUAUGUCUUUCACUUUCAAAUUGGAAAAUCACCCUUUAGGUAUAUGAAAUAUAAGAAUGGUUAUAUAAGACAUUCCAUUGUGGAAUGUAGUUUUAUUUUUAUUUUUAUUUUGUUAGGUAACAAAAGGGAAACAGAUUUAAAAGUUAUCUUAUAUAUCAUAAUGUUUCAAAAAUAAAUAUUUUGUUGAAGAAAAUAGUACAUUUCAUUA